AAUAGAUUGGUCGAUUAUUUUUAAUCUAGGUCUGACGUAUUCUAUAGGUGAGUUAAAUAGCACGUAAUUAUAAUUGAUCAUUAAUACGUAGCUGGCUAACUGCGAUCUUACCGGCGAUACAUUAGGUGCGUAUAGUUGCUCUUAGGUGUUUGGAUCUGAGUGGGAGCCAUGGGAGUGCACGGGCUGUGGAAGCUGCUCGAAAGCACGGGGAAGCCCAUCAACCCCGAGACACUCGAGGGCAAGAUCUUGGCUGUCGACAUCAGCAUCUGGUUGAACCAGGCUUUGAAGGGGGUCAGGGACAGGGACGGGAACAGUGUGCAGAACGCUCAUCUCCUCACACUUUUUCACCGCCUCUGUAAACUGCUGUUUUUUCGGAUCAAACCAAUCUUCGUCUUCGAUGGAAAAGCACCUCUGCUCAAGAAACAGACACUGGCUGUCAGAAGACAGAAGAAGGAGGAGAAGACCCUGGAGUCCAAACAAACCAACGAGAAACUCCUUAAGACCUUCCUUAAGAGACAGGCCAUAAAAGCUGCUCUGGGAGAUAGGAGUCAGGAGUCUCUCCCCAGUCUGUCUUCAGUGAGGAGGGAGGAGGUGGAUGACCUGUAUGUACUACCUGCUCUGCCGUCCCUGCAGGAGAGAGAGAAGAGCAGCUCAGAGGAGGAGGAGGAAUUGGAGGAGCAGCUCCAUCACAGCUACCAGGGGGAUGUCUAUGAAGAUCCCAACUCUGUAGAUAUCAACUCUGAGGAGUUUGCUGCCAUGCCUCCGGAGGUGAAACAUGAGAUCCUGAAAGACAUGAAGGAGUUCAGCAAGAGAAGACGUACCAUGUACCACACACCUCCUGAGCGUUCAGGGGAUUUCUCCCAGUACCAGCUCGCAGGGCUGCUGCAGAGGAACAAACUGAACGUGCGCCUGGAGGGGGUGGAGAGAGAGAUGUCCAACCGCAGCGCAGGGAAUGCCCCGGGGGCAGAGCUCUACAGCCAGAAGGAGGGGCACAGCGUGGAGACACGACGCCUCCUCUCGGAAGACUCCACCCACUACAUCCUCAUCAAAGGUCCUAAGAAGCCAGACAAGAGUGAGCGUGUUCCAGACAACCAGGCAGCCGCCUCCCCUUGGUCUGGUGGGCCCCUGUCGGAGAGGGGGAGGACAGGAGGAGCAGGGAGGAGACCUGAGCCCCUUUGGAGACCCAUCUCUGAGGAGGAGAGCCAGGAGGAGGAGGCACCCCGCUCACCAACUCAACCCCAGACCUCUCAAACCAGCCCUAAGGACGCAGCACCCCCCUCUCCCCGGACGUUAAAAGCCAUCCAGGCUGCCAUGGAGGACAGCUUUUCGGAUGAGGACGGGGUCCCCCGGGGCAGGGGUGAUAGUGGGGGGGGGCAGGGGGGUCGGGGAGUCUCCCCUCGAACCCUCCUGGCCAUCCAGACUGCCAUGACAGAGGAGGCCAUGCCCCCUUCUGCCCUCCAGAUCCGCAGUUCUCCUGGGACACCCCAUCCUACCAGCCCCCAGCCUUCACAAUUGGCCUUCAUCAACAGAUCAGAGGAGGAGCCUGGAGGUAUGGACGCCCCCUUGAGGUCACUUCUAGCCAAUGAGGACAUUCAUCAGGUAAAGAUGGAGGAGGUGCAACAGCCGUGCCGUCCCCCCAGCUUUCCUGGCCCUCCUGCAGACAUCCUGAUUCUCAGUGAGGAGGAGGUAGACCAUGGCGGGAGAAGCACAGUGGAGCUUGAGGAGGUACCGAGGAGGAGCAGAGUUGAGCUUGAGGAGGUGCAGAGGAGAAGCAGAGAGGAGCUGGAGGAGGUUCAGAGGAGGAGCAAAGAGGAGCUAGAGGAGGCCAUCAACCUAAGGAACAGGGCCUUCCACUCUGCAGUAGGUCAGACAGAAGGUUUGGGUCAAGGUCAGGAAGUUCACACAUCAGCCCUGGGUCUGGAUGGAGAGGAGGACAUGGCGAGAAGUCUGCUGUCUGUGCCUGAACUGGAUGUCAUCAUCCCUUCAUCACUGGAGGAGAGGAACUCAGAGAUGGUGAAGAUGGAAGACAGUGAGGAGAGCGAUUCAGAGAGUUUCAUUGAUGUGCCGGAGGAGGAGCUUAAGGAGGAGGAGACGUGUGAUUCACUAAUGGAGGUGAGGGGUGGAGCUCCUCCUGAUGAGGUACAUGAAAAGGUGGCAAAGGAUGAGGAGGAGAAGAAAGGUCUGGAAGAGGCAGUCAGUAGCGGUGCUGUCCAACUAGAAGAGGAAGAUGUGGAGACUGAUGAAGAGGAGAGCCAACCUUCUUCACAGUCCAGCCUUGCUCUCGCUCCACCUCCAGCACCCAAUGAGUGGGAGGAUAUCAACAUGGAGGAGCUGUUGGUGCUAGAGAGACAUCUGGAGGAGCAGCAGUCCAGCCUGAGAGAGCAGAAGCAGCAGCAGGAACGCGUGGCCGCCAACGUUACGGGACAGAUGUGUCUGGAGAGCCAGGAGCUGCUCCGGUUAUUUGGGGUUCCGUUCCUGGUGGCCCCCAGCGAGGCUGAGGCGCAGUGUGCUGCCCUGGACCGGACUGAUCAGACCCAUGGAACCAUCACCGACGACAGUGAUGUCUGGCUGUUUGGCGGACGACACGUCUACAAGAACUUCUUCAGCCAGAACAAAUACAUAGAACACUACCAGUACAUAGACCUGCAGAACCAACUGGGCGUGGACCGUACCAAGUUGAUCAACCUGGCCUACCUGCUGGGAAGCGACUACACUGAAGGGGUCCAGGGGGUGGGCUAUGUCACUGGCAUGGAGAUCCUCAACGAGUUCCCUGGACCAGGCAUGGAACCCCUAAGGCAGUUCAGUGAGUGGUGGUCCUUGGCCCAGGAAAACAAGCGGUUAACCUCUGACCCCCGUGACUCCAAGGUCAAGAAGAAGCUGAGAGGUCUCCGGCUGCAGGCAGGGUUCCCCAAUCCUGCCGUGGCCACCGCCUACCUGGAGCCGGCCGUCGACCUAUCAGAGGGCUCCUUUAGCUGGGGCCGCCCACACGUGGACCUGAUCAAGGAUUUCUGUGAGAGUCGUUUUGGUUGGAACAGCAGGAAGACAGAGGAGACCCUCCAACCUGUUAUCAAACAGCUAAAUACACAACAGUCUCAGCUGCGCAUCGACUCGUUCUUCCGUGUGGAGCAGCAGGAGAGACAGGCUAUCAGGAGCCAGCGCCUCCGCAGGGUCGUCACCUGUCUGAAGAGGAAAGAGAGGGAGGAUGGAGGGGGAGAAGGGCAGGAGGAGGACCACGAAGAACAGGAGGAAGGGAUUUCCUCCCCAUCCAAGGCUAAGAAAGGAAGGUCUGCUGAGCAGAGAAAGGAAGUGGCAGCAGUGGGGGCAGGGUUUUUUUUUAGCAGCAGGGGUCACUGAACCUGUUCAGUGGGAUGUGGGAGGCACCAGCCAGGUGGUGGGAGGGGACAGCCAGGUGGUGGGAGGGGACAGCCAGGUGGUGGGAGGGGACAGCCAGGUGGUGGGAGGGGACAGCCAAAAAGGGAAAGUACUGGGAGUGGCCAGCAAGGAGAAGGAAGUGCGGCCUUCUAAUGAAGGUGUCAGUCAACCUAGUAACCUCCAACAGAGGGCGGGGCUAACCAGCAGUGGCAGCAGUUCUGGGGAUGACAGUGAUGCUGACAGCAGAGUCACCAUGGUUACAGCCCGGUCAGUGUUCGAGGGCAAACCAAGGCCCGGGAGGAGGGGGAGGAGAGGUGCGGGGAGGGGCAGGGGAAGAGGGAAAAAAGACGUAUAGGAACUUUUUUUAUUUAACUGUUUGGUGAUGUCAUCGGGGGGAAAUACUCUACAUGAAACCAUGGUGAUACUAUUCUGAAUUAUGAGUUUUUGAAUGUUAGUGGUGCUAUAACCCAUUAAUUUAAAUUAAAAUAUAAAAAAAAAAAAAAUGGUUUUGAAUAUUUAGAUAAUGACAUGAAUUAAUAUUUAUUAAUGUUUUGAACAAUAAAAAAACCUUUUUGUAUUA